GUGUUGCUUUUUUUACUUUAUUGUUCAAUCCACCAUUGAAUUAAGAAAACGAGAGAUGGCUGCACAAAAAUAGUUGGAGAGGAUAUAAUCAUUGAUGUGUCACCUUUUCAAAAAAAUCAUUGAUGUGUCACAGGCUUGGAGCAAUUUUUGGGGGACCCAAUAUUAUGAUCAAAUCUUAGUCUUUCAUUUCACUACGACUCCAAAGCCAAUAUCCGAGAGCUCCAAUCAUUCAUCAUCACCCUACCAACCAUGUCAACCACCGCUGAGACAACCCACCAUCCUUUGCAGGUUGCAAAGCGAUUAGAGAAGUUCAAACCAACAAGUUUCACCCAGAUAAGUAUGCUUACCAUCAAACACGGAGCUAUUAAUCUUUGUCGUGGCUAUCCCAACUUUGAUGGUCCAGAAUUUGUAAAGGAAGCAGCAAUUCAAGCAAUCAGGGAUGGGAAUAAUCAGUAUGCAAGGGGUUUUGGAGUUCCAGACCUCAACAUUGCCAUUGCUGAGAGAUUCAAGAAAGAUACCGGACUAAUUGUAGACCCUGAUAAGGAAAUUACUGUUACAACUGGUUGCAAAGAAGCAAUUGCAGCAACUGUAUUAGGAUUAAUAAAUCCUGGUGAUGAGGUUAUUUUGUUUUCUCCUUUAUAUGAUUCUUAUAAUGUCAUUUUAUCUGUGGCUGGUGCAAAUAUAAAAAGCAUCACUCUGCACCCUCCUGAUUUUGCUGUUCCAAUUGAAGAGUUGAAGUCCACUAUCUCAAAGAAUACUCGUGUGAUUCUUAUAAAUACCCCUCACAAUCCUACCGGAAAGAUGUUCACUCGAGAGGAACUCAAUACCAUUGCAUCUCUUUGCAUUGAGAAUGAUGUUUUAGUUUUCUCUGAUGAAGUUUAUGAUAAGUUGGCAUUUGAUAUGAAACACAUUUCAAUUGCUUCUUUGCCAGGAAUGUUCGAGCGGACGGUGACAAUGAACUCCUUAGGGAAGUCAUUCUCCCUAACUGGAUGGAAGAUUGGAUGGGUUAUAGCACCAGCACACUUAACAUGGGGAGUGCGACAGGCGCACACUUUCAUCACUUUUUCAGUUUCCAAUCCUUUGCAGUGCGGUGCUGUAGCAGCACUUAGAGCACCAGAUUCAUACUUUGUGGAGCUAAAGAGGGACUAUAUAACAAAGAGAGCUAUUUUAGUGGAAGGGUUGAAGAGUGUUGGAUUCAAAGUGUUACCAUCCAAUGGAACAUUCUUUUUGCUUGCAGAUCACACCCCUUUUGGACUAGAAAACGAUGUUGCAUUUUGUGAAUAUCUAAUUAAGGAGAUUGGGGUGGCGGCAAUACCUUCAAGUGUAUUUUACUUGAAUCCAGAAGAGGGAAAGAAUCUAGUCAGAUUUACUUUCUGCAAGGAUGAGGAAACUCUUAAGGAAGCUGUUGAGAGGAUGAAGAAGCUUAAAAAAUAAUCUCUAUGCAUGAACAUAUCAUGUGAUACAUAUGAAAUAAAGAUCAUGUUCCUUUCUAGAAUCCCAAAGGUUUGAUUGUGGUGACUUAUGGUAUUCUCUUCCCCUGAAUGCCAAUGUUUUGAUGGGUAUGUGCUGGUUUGUUCUGUAAGAGUACAGACUCAUCACAACAUCAAUACUCGUGAAUUUGUUUUGCUUAGUUCUAGCAUAUGUAUAGGCUCCUCUUUUAUUGCUCUGUUGUGUUGUAUUGUACUGUAUUGUAUUGUGUUUUAUCUGCACUUAUAAGUUAAUAAUGUACCUUGUAUUCCAGCGUUACUAUGGAAAUAUUCAGUGAAAUAAUUCUCCUA